AUGCGCGUGCUGCCGAGGCGUCGCAUUUCUCCUCUGAAGUUGGCCAUCCUGGGUGGCGUGCUCUUCAUGCUAGUCUUGUUGGUGCUCCAGAGGGAUGUAGGCAAUGGGGUUCAGGAGCCCUGGCUUCAGGAUCUCAGCAACAGGAAGGAACAGAUGAUGGAAAUGGUCCGUGGGGCUGUCAAACACUUCUCUUUCCAGAUCGGCGCGCCGGAGCCACCUCCGGUGGACCAGCAGCAGCCCGUCGAGGAUCAGAAUUGCCCGUCUGGCUUUUACACCCAGGCUCAGCUCAAACCCUGGAUUGAGAGACCAGAGGAAGACCCAGGGAGCCCAGGUGCUGAGGGUAAAGCAUUCCAGAAGGAUAAUCUUUCCCCAGAAGAAGUGAAAGAGAAGGAGGAGGGCAUGAACAGGCACUGCUUUAACCAGUUUGCAAGUGACCGGAUAUCUCUGUCCCGGAGCCUUGGAGAGGACACGCGACCUCCCGAGUGUGUGGAGCGCAAGUUUCGCCGGUGUCCUCCUCUCCCCACCACCAGUGUGAUCAUCGUGUUCCACAACGAGGCCUGGUCCACACUGUUACGUACCGUUUACAGCGUUCUCCACGCGUCCCCCGCUGUCCUGCUAAAAGAAAUUAUAUUGGUGGAUGACGCAAGUAUAGCUGGUCACCUGCACUCUCAGCUGGACGAGUACUGCAAGAUGCUAAAGGUGGUUAAGGUGGUGCGUCAGUCGGAGAGGAAGGGGCUGAUCACGGCACGGCUGCUGGGGGCCAGUCAUGCCCAAGGCGAAGUCCUCACCUUUCUGGAUGCUCACUGUGAGUGUUUUCACGGCUGGCUUGAGCCGCUCCUAGCUCGCAUAGUCAAAGAACCGACUGCCGUCGUGAGUCCUGACAUCACCACCAUCGAUUUAAACAACUUCCAGUUUAACAAGCCAGUGGCGACUGCACGCGCCCACAACCGUGGCAACUUUGACUGGAGUCUGACCUUCGGCUGGGAGGGCAUUCCUGACUAUGAGCAGGCUAAGCGGAAGGAUGAGACUUACCCUGUUAAAACCCCAACGUUUGCUGGUGGCCUUUUCUCGAUUUCCAAAGCCUACUUUGAGAAAAUCGGCUCCUAUGAUGACAAAAUGGAGAUAUGGGGAGGAGAGAACGUGGAGAUGUCCUUCCGGGUGUGGCAGUGUGGUGGGCAGCUGGAGAUCAUCCCCUGCUCCGUGGUGGGUCACGUCUUCCGCACUAAAAGUCCUCACACUUUCCCCAAAGGAACCGAAGUGAUCACACGUAACCAGGUCCGUCUGGCUGAGGUCUGGAUGGAUGACUAUAAACUCAUCUACUACCGGCGCAACCAGAAUGCAGCCAAGAUGGCCAAAGAGAAUAAUUAUGGAGACAUCUCUGAGCGGCUGAAGCUUCGGGAAAGUUUACAGUGCAAGAACUUUUCCUGGUAUUUGAACAAUGUCUACCCUGAAGCCUUUGUUCCUGAUCUUACCCCCGUUAAAUAUGGAGCAAUCAAGAACCUGGGCUCUCAGAGUUGUUUAGAUGUCGGGCCGGAUAAUAAUGGAGGAAAGCCAGUCAUGAUGUAUGUAUGCCACAACAUGGGUGGAAACCAGUAUUUUGAGUAUUCAACACACAAUGAGCUGAGGCAUAACAUAGGCAAGCAGCUGUGUCUACAUGCCAGCCUAUAUCCAGAGCAAGUACAGAUAGAAGUGUGCAAGCUCAAGGGUCAUGGCACUAGUGUGGCUCCUCAGCAGGAGUGGAUCUUCACUGAGGAUCACUUGUUGAAGAAUCCUUCCUUGGGUAGGUGCCUUCACUUACAGAACAAUAAGAUAGCGACGAGCCGGUGUAACCCAGCAGACAUAUACCAGCAGUGGACAUUCAGCUGACCCCUCUCUUGGUUCACCUAAGCAGCAUGGAUGUCUAUGCUCAUGAGGAACCAGACGUGAAGGACAGCCGUAACUCGGUUAACAAAUGUAAUUACAUCCGGGCGCUCACGUCUGGCUCAGGACUGUGAACUGACAGUAUAUGGGUCGUUUAUAUCCAUGCGGUGGAUCAACCAAAGGCUAAGGAAUGUGUAUUAAGACUCAGGAAGGACAAGUGAAGGAGCGUGGGACGGUAUCACCCGGCGGCGGCAGGGUGCACAUGUGCUCACCAAAUGUGCUAAUAGCCUUCAGACUGCUUUUAAAAUACGUUUUGUUUUAUUUUUGGUUUUAAAAGGUUUCUAAUAAUUAUUUUAUUUGUCGAGUUUGAUUUUAAGGCGAAUGAAACUGCCUGUAUUCCUUGCCAAUAACAGGUGAUAUUUAUUGAUUUGUCAAAAUGAUUCAUUUGUACAGGUAAUGGUCAUGUUCUUCCACAAGCCAAGAUAAAUCUGUUUAUUUUACUUCAGUAAAAUGUGUUACUGGGUGUUUUAUCAAGACAUGAGAAGUUGAACUGAUUAAGUUAUUAAAGCCUGUCGUAUUUACAA